UUCACGUACAUUCAUUGCACUGCUCAUCGUCGGUGACCGCGGCCGGAACACGCAUCGCAGUUUCACGCAACACACGCUCACACACCGCAAACACGCGCACACACACACGCCGUUCGACGACGAUGGUCAAGUACGCAACAGCGUUGGUGUUGGCGUUCGCCGCAGCCACCGCUCUCGCAACGGAACAGACGACGGUCGAGUCCAAUGAACAGCACCGGAACAACGCCGCCGCCGCCGACGAUGGCCUGACCUGGACCGAAGUGAUCACGUGCUACAAGAAGCCGCAAGCGGCCAUCGGGUGCCUGGAGUCUCGCAUGAGCCGCGCCAUGGCGUCGAUGCGCGACACGGCCGUAAAUCUGGCCCACAACGACCCGGAGACCGCGCCCGAAGACGUCGCCGGCGUCGGCGAUCUCGUCCAGCAGAUCGGCGAGUUCAUCACUAAACGUUUUGUUUCUGUAGGUAGAGGACAUCACAAGAAGAAGAAGAUCCAAAAGGAAAUCAAGAAAUUCGUGUUGAAGGUUUUGUUCGGUAUCUAUCUAUUCAAACAAAAGAUCAAGAUGAUCAUAAUGACAAUCCAAUCGAUAUUGAUGAGCAAGUUCUUGGUUGUGGCAAUGAUCUACGCUAUAUCCAACACUUUCAAGAUCUGGUACGAUAUCAAGUGGAGUAAGAACCACCACCACGACAAAGUUGUGUACUACGAGAAUGCUCACCACCAACACCAUUAUGAGCCACCAGAGCACGGAGAGUUUGAUGACCAUCACGGUUAUGGAGGUAGCAUCUGGGGUAGGAGUAUUGUGGCCACCGAGCCUUCUGUGAUGGAACAAAAUAAUGGUGGUUCAUCUGGAGGACAUGGAGAUGGCAUCAGCCGUUAUAUUAGACGAGUAUCAAGGACCUCACAACCCCAGGUUGAAGCACAGGACAUGGCCUUUGGAGCUCAAAUACCGAGUCAAUAAUCAGCUUCAUUUUCCAAUUUCUCUUCACUCUAACCAAAACUAGAAAAUUAGGAAAUUAUUUUUUAAAUACCUAUCGUUAUUUUUUUUAACUAUUAUAUUAUCUGUAAUCUAAAAAUACUAAAGAGUAACGAGUGUUAUACAAUGAAUAAUAAUUGUAUAUACAUUCGUCGGGGGCUAAUUAUUCAGAGGGAUGAGCUGAACGCAGGAAUCGGCAUUCUUAUAAACAGUCUCUAUCGUCUGACUAUAUAAAUUAAAAGACGUUAUGAGAAAACAUUCUUAUUCUAAGGAAAGUAAUUUUCCUGUAAUUCCUAAACUAGGCCAUAUUAUUAUCAUUAACUUGUGUGCACACUCCUUAUUUAUUAUAUAUACUUUUAUUUAAUUAGGAUCGUAAUCGUCCUUAACAAAAUAAAAUUAGGAUUAUAUAUAGUUUGACAACUCAUUAGUCUGGUCAGUUAGAUUAUAUUUAAUAAUUAAUUUGAAACUUAUAGUGUUAGUGUAAAGACUUUUGUUUGUUUACUUAAUUUAAACUAAUAUAUUGCACUUAAUUUAAUGUUAAAAAAAACUAGUUUGUCGUUUUUAUGCUGAUCAUGCAUGACGCACAUUUAUACGUAAAUAUAACAUGCAUGAUACUCACGGGAUAAAACCUGGCCUACGAAAUUGCUCAAUAUUUUUGGUUUUAAUAACAAUAGUUAAAAGUCAAUCUAUAUAUCACGAGAAUGAUAUUAAUAUGAAAAUUAUUAUUCAAAAUACUGACAUUAUGCAUUCAUACAUACUUAUUGUAUUAUUUAUUU